AUGGCUGGUAACAAUGGGUGGCGGCCAGUGAGCAACCCGAUUGGAGCCGGAGUACCAUGGGCCGGUAUGCCUCCAUCCAUUGGAGCACCACCCGGUUGGGGGGCGCAUCCGAUGCAGCCAUGGGCUGGAGCCCCCGGAGCACCAGUCGCUAACAUGCCUCACUGGCAAGGCGGCAUGGACAAGAACAUGCGGCCUGGGAUGAAGAUGCCGAUGCAACAACCCGGUGGUCAGCAAUGGGGAGCCCACAAAGUCGAUCAAGGUACCCCAUGGGAACACGGUGGUCAGAACAAGGAUUGGCAGCAAGGCGGCGGAAAUGCGCCGUGGCAAGGUGGGCCGGUGCCCGUUGGAGCACCGCAACCUGCGCAAUGGAGCCCGGCGAAUUGGCAGCAAGGCGCUCAGACUGGACGCAACGAUAUGGCGGCUAACCAGUGGCAGCCAAACCAAGGAGCCGUUCCCCCAUUGAUGGCCAUGCAGCCACAACAGCAAUGGGGCCAACCACCACCUCCACAUAUUCAAGCUCAGCAACAACAACAACAACAACAGCAGCAGCAACAGCAACAGCAGCCGGAGCAAGGACGUCACAUGCAAGAGCGCGGCAUGGAAAACCCUGGCCAGUUCGGCCCCUGGGUUGCCCCCUACCCCUCUGAUGUCAACAACGAUAUGAUGUGGCACGAUCCGAACCCGAAGCAAAAGCGCAUGCAGCGUGACAUUGGGACUCAGGCCUGGGGCGAUCCGGCUUGCCAAGCCCAGGAAAUCCGUCGCUGGAAGGAGCAUACCGAGGAGGAGAACAAGGCCGGAAGUUCUGAAGCUUAUAAUGUGGGUUGGGGAGAACUGCCGAUUGGCGAUCGUUGGCAAGACAAUGGCCGACCUGGUUGGAGCGAAGAGCCGGAAGUUGACGCCUUUAACGGAGACCCCCCAUUCCGCCAUCAAAUGCUCGAUCAGCAGCAGCUCACCCAAGCCAUUUCCGAGAAGUUACAAUACGCUGUCAAGAAAGGAUUCGUGCGCAUGGACAUCCUUGAGCGACAAUUGACUUCCGACCAGAUUAUCCUCCUCAAUCAGCUGCUUCACAAGGUCCCGCGACUUGAGCAAGCUCAACAAGAACUCGACCAACUCCGUCGCAGUGCUACCAACAUGCCCGCCGUGACGUACCAAACUGAAGUUGAUCGCCUGACUUCCGAAGUCGAGCAACUGAAGCUCGAUAUGUCAAUGAUCCAGAGCAAGAUUGCUGAGCGCGCCGCCACCUCGACCGCCGCUGCUGGUUCGAAGCUUCAACAAUGGCGCCGUAACACAACCGAGGAACAACUGAAGGGCCUUGAGAUGACGAUGACGGAGAUGAGCAUGCAAGACAAGCCGGGCGACUGGACGACAAACGUUGGUGAUUGGAAUUCAACCGGCGGUGACAAAGAAGAUGACGGAACUGGCGAAGGAGGGCCGCGCGAAUUUGUUCCUGGCAAGAAAUGGGAGUGGCGUGACCCGAAGAAGAUGGCCGAAGACCCAAAUGCUACCCCAGCGCUUUUUGCGGGUGGACCGGCAAUCGCUGGCCCAUUCGCGAGCACUUGGGGCCCGCAGGGUGACUCGAUGCCCGGUGGUGGAUGGCUUUGCAUAACAAUUGCCCCGAAUGUCGGUGAACGAACCAUUCGCAGCACUGCUGAGCAAGUGGGCACACUCGCCCAGACGUUCAUCUACCGUGAAGUCGCCUAUCUCAAGUUCAAAGAACAGACCCCGGAACAAGCCCUCACAAAGAUCACCGCCCUGCUGCCAUUCGCCAACGUCUAUGUCAGCGAUGGCGAAGAAGCAGCCGGUGCGGCCGAAAACUUCUGGCCAGAUUCG